UUAAAUGACUUGCUUCCUCCAACCUCUUCGCCGGAACUCAUUUUUCUUCUGUUUUUGUUGAGGUCUUCACCGAGCAGCAGUGAACUGAAAACGGUAACAAAAGAAGUUCACCGCCCUCUACUAGGCGUAUCUGCUUGCCAGAGAAUCAGAGCGCUCGCUGUAGAGACUGCAGACUUUUUUUAAGGAGACCACAGAAGGACAUUCCAUUAAAAGAAAGAUUCGAUUCAAAUUCAUCCACCAUGACGACUUCCUUUGAACGCACCGUCGGUCCAAAGGCAGAUUAUCAAGAACUCGAGUACAUUUCCGCCUUGCAUCAGACGGGCGUUACUGGGACUCGGACAACGGGUACAAUCAGUUCUCUUGACGUACUGAGAUUUUUGAAGUCGCGACAUUCCAUCGAUAUCACACAUGAACAGGCGAUUGAUAUUGUGCGAGGACUCGGUGGAGUCGGCGGCGCCGAUGGAUCCCCCGAACUGAAAAUGAGUGUGGCACGAUCAGUAGCGGAACGCAUUCGAAGUGAGCGCGAACAGCAGCGGUUAUUGGACGAACAAGCCGAGAUUCAUCCCCACUUGAAGUGGACAUCCUUAACGUCGUCAAAGCCGCGUGCAUCCACGAAAUCCGCCGUCUCGGCCGAGGCAUCCGAUCGGAAUACAUCCCCGAAAGACGUCGAUGAAGGAAAAAUGCUCGUGGAGGAAGUGCUGAACCCAAAAUUGCGCUACCUGGAUCUUGUUCAAAUGACCAGUAUCAUUCUCAUCCCUACCUUGGCCCGAAUGGCGCAAGAGUGGAGACAAGCAAGUAGCAACAACCACAGCAAUCUUGGUAAUGACGAGAAGAAUCAGCAGGAAACAAAGGACGAAGACGACAAAGAAGAAAAUGGGACAGCAGAAGAAGACUUUGCGCCUUUGGAUCCUCAGCCGAACGGAUUGUUGGAAUUUGUGCUCGAAAACAUGAUACGCGUCGUUGAGGCUCACGACAGCGACAAUUUCAAGGGAUCGGUAUUGGGAGAAGAUGUGGAAGUGCUCUAUAAGGAUAGCAAAUUGUCUGACGAUAGAUCUGACGAAAGAAAAACUAUUCUUACCCCGGACCUGGUGGAGGCAUUGCUGCUCGAAAAUGGGGAGACGGAACGAGCCCAUGACACAAAACUAAUCCGGGAAAUGGUUGAGAUGGCCCAAUCCAAGUCGGGUACCUUUGAUGUGGAAGCAUUGGCUAAUGCUCUGACCUUGGACUUGCAAGACUGGAACGUUGGCUGCGAAGAUCGUGAAUCUACUUAUUUUUCCGACGUCUUUGGACAAGCAAAAACCGACAAUGAAUUCAAUGAAUUUAUCACUGGCGUGACCGCUGUAGAUUGGGAAUCGACACGAGCAUCGGCAAAACCAGCUUCGAAGGGGGCUGCCGUUGACGAUGCUGUGUCGAACAAAAAGGACCACGAUGGCGCGUCGUCUGAUGAUCAGUCGUCUUUUCCAGCCUCAGUAAUGAAGGAUGAACCAAGCACACCCGACGGAGAGGAAGAAGCAGCGCCACCACAGCCAGACUCUAGCAUGAUCCAAACGAAUGACAUGGCAGAAAUGGAAGCUUCAGCCACCCCCAGGGCAAAGGAACUCAAAGUGAAAGGAUCUGCAAAGGUCAUUGAUACCGUGGUGGAUGCGUACGCUUCCCACGGCACGUUGGCGCUGGUUUGGGUCACAUACGUUUGUUAUUCAGGUUCCUACGCUUCGUUGAUCUUGCUCACAGAUUCAUUCCAAACAGAAUGCCCUGGUAGAGGACCGCAUGAACGGAGUUUCGGAUGUACACUUGGAAAAACAGUGUAUACAUGGAUUAUCGUUGCACUCAUAUUGACUGGUUUUGGUUUCGCUGUGCUGGUCCCGUUGGCGUUCGGGAACCACCCCACAAAACGAGGACCUAUUCGGAUGUUCGUGGCGUCGGUUAUGGCUCUAGUGAUCACGCUGGUACCGUUUUGCGUUGUAUAUCGCCUGCAAAAUUCGGACGUUGUUUUGUACGGACCGGUUCAAGAGCAGCUGGACAGCGACUCCUUCUACUAUUUCGUCUAUUUCACAACAGCCCUUGGUUGUAUGCUAGGCUUGAACUAUUUCGCGCACUUCGCAAUUUCUUUUGGGAAAAAGUUUGGCCUGAUUGAGAAAGACAACAACAAGCUAUCUGAGAGCGGCACCGUUGGAAGGAUCAUUGGGCAGUUCGAUACAUCGUCGGAGGUCUCUCGCUCGGCAAGUGUUAAGAGAGCGGCUACAAGGAAGGUAAACGUUAUGUUGACCAAUGCUCGUCAAAUGCACGGACCCGCUUUUGAAGAAGAUAAGGUUCCUUUGCCCGAUGCUGCUGCAAAUGAUCCAGAAUCCAGGCGCAGUAUCAAGUUAGCCAAGUCCAUUCGAAAGGCACAAAGUGACGCCGUGUUUCAAAAUUUCACACUACGCGGUGAGAGGACGGUGGAGGCGGGCUCGCUGCUGUGGUCUUGGGGAAUGAUGCUAUCUGGAGGCCUCUGGGAGGUCGAAGGCAUUUGGCUGCCUUCUCGAAUGAUCAUUUUUCAAUUGGCACAAGUUGCCAUUGGUGUGUUCUUCGCUGUUGCUAUCUUUAUCUUCGUCGAAAUCGCAGCCGACGCAGCUGACCAAGCGACUGCAGAAAUUGAGAGCAAGAUACUGAAACAAGUGUAUUAUCCCCAAUGGGUGAUUAGUUUUGUUCCAACUGGUGGGGAGGUGAAAAUGGCCUUGAUACCCGCUGGAAUCAUUUCAGUGCUUGUAUGCUUCGCUUUGACGCUUAUUUACAUCCCAAGCACCGUGAAGACUGUUCUCCGGUAUCGUUGCGGCCAGCUCCCUUCACUCGGGGCGGAGGAUUUUCAUGGGUCGCGUGCAAAAGCUGACAUGACAUACAUGAACACUGCGAAUGCCAUUUAUGGCAUGUUGGCUGGAGGCACCUUAUUUUUCGUACUCUUCGGUCUGCUGAUAUUUUUCUUCAUAUGGGAUUUCACUCAAGACGUCAUGCUUCUGAUCUUGGCAUGGGGGAUUGGCUUGACCAUCACGACGCUUGUCAAGUCGUUGAUGGUUUCCUUUUGCCGCAAGCGCUUGUUCCGAGCGUUUUAUCGGGUCUUCCCUGGUCGGUCAAAUUAUGUAACACUCGCUCUGGAAUGUUGGUACAUUGGGCUUGGUGGGGGAGUGUUGAUCGGUCGCUUGACGCAGUUUCUACUUGCCUCGGCCUUUUGGAUCGGGCGGAUUGACGAGCCCUUCCUUGCGCCAAACGUGAACCUACUCGGGUACAAGUUUGACUAUGUGCCUUUGAAUUAUAGCUCUGAGAUUUUGAUUCACGAGGCUCACAGGCACCCAUUCAUCGAGCGAUUGGGAACCAUGUAUCUGAUGCGUCUCCGAUACCCCAAUUUCGGAAGCAAUGCGGGGGCUUGUUGGCGUCAGUUGUUCGUCAUCACGCUGAUGCCUUGGCUUAUGAAAAAUCGAGUGUUCUAUGAGCAGCGUGCCAUCGAAUCCAUCCAUGACCAGAAAUCUGAACUAGAGCUUGAAAUGGAUGAGGACAAGCAGUAUUUGGAGAUCGCAGGAGAGCUGCUGGACGUGGGAGCAGACCAGGCGCUGACGUUUGGAAAAUUCGGUUUGGGAACUGUGGACAUUGGCGCCAGAGCCGUCGGGCAGGUUGGAAUGGGUGCUGUUGAAGGUGUGAAGACGGUAGGGAAUUUUGGAGUGGACACUACCGAUACCACUCGUCACGAUAAUAUCAAUCGUCGCCAUGAGGAAGAUCCUUUGGGCAUUAGCGCUGUGUCUGUGUGAAGAGGGACACGCGCGCUCGUGAGUCGAGUCAUGGUUCAUGGAAUACUUCCCGGUUACCGGUAGACAGUCGUACCUACCGGUACCGUAUUACCAAUAUACAACCCCACUAGCAUAGUAGAGGGUAUGUGCAAAGGGGGAGUUGUAUCGACUGGUGGGACUUACCCCGUAGUCAUAGUAGACCAGUCACCCCCUCUUAGGCCUAAGUAUGGCAAUCUUGUAUUGGGGUAUAGAGAUACGCAUUGGACAUUGAGAGUAUUUUGCCGGGGGAAACCAGGCAUUUGAGGGUAUCCGAUACUACUCAGAAUCGCAUUGGUAGUUGCAUCGGCAACCCCAAAAUACAACAUUUCGCCUAAGUAUCUUUACCAAAAUACAACCUCAAUCGUACGAAGAACAACUAGUCACACACAAACGUUCCGCGAAACUCAAAGACUUAUUGUCCCGGAACCUCUCUCUUAAGCCUGAGAGAGGGUAAACGCCCAAAUCUACCCUCCGAACCAACGCAUGUAUCCCACGAAGGACAAUGUACCGAGUCUACAGGUGGCUACAGGAUCCUUGGCCGUUGG